CAAACAAAACACACUCACGAGAAUCCCACUCCCCACUUUUUUUUUUUCUCGCCGCCGGCGAUUUUCAAAUAAUGUCUUUUUCCGGCGAUGUCAUCGACGACGACGAGCUCGCUCUUCGCAAGACCGAAGAAGCUGCUGCGAGGAGAUCGCAAGCAGCGCAAUGGCUGAGAGAGAUGGACCGAGAAGCUUCGAAAACCCUAGCCAGAGAUCCAUCGGAGGAGGAGUUUUGCCUCGCAUUGCGCAACGGAUUGAUCCUCUGCAACGUCCUCAACAGAGUCAAUCCAGGCGCUGUCUCAAAAGUCGUCGAGAACCCUGUUGUUGCUGUCGAGUCGAUGGAUGCAGCAGCUCAGUCGGCGAUUCAGUACUUUGAGAACAUGAGGAACUUUCUUGAUGCGGUGGCCGAGAUGAAGCUGCUGACAUUUGAAGCCUCUGAUCUCGAGAAGGGAGGUUCAUCUAGUAAGGUAGUAGAAUGCAUUCUUUGCCUCAAAGGAUAUCACGAGUGGAAAUUAGCGGGUGGAAUUGGUGUGUGGAGAUAUGGUGGACUUGUGAAGAUCACGUCUUUAAGCCGGUGGAGCUCCCCAUUGAUUGAGAUUGCGAAUGGCGACGAAUUGUUUGAUAACAAGCAGCAAUUAGAACAGGCUGUACGAUUAUUGGGUGAGGACUUGGUCGAAGAGUUGAAAGCAACAAACAAAGCCAGCUCUAUGUUCGAUCAAUUUGGGCUCCGGCUUCUGCAGGCAUUUCUUACCGAGUUGGGUGGGGAUGAGGAGUUGCCACUAAAUCCAAUGCUGGUAGAUCUGGUGCUGGACUUAGCUCUUAAAGAGAUCUAUUUGAUGCUUGCUUCUCAAAGAAAUCAGCUUGGAUCUCUUUUGAAGAAAAAGUUGAAGGAUGAAAGUGGAAAUAUGUCAAAGGUGAAGUUCAUGGAAGCUAUUCUUAGACAUCUAAAAUUGCGGAGUUGUGGCUCAGAUUCCUGUUUAAAUUUCUGUAAGUGUAGCUUGGGUUCGAACAUAAACAAUGAGGAAAGGCUUGACCUUCAACAGAAACAACUAGAGAAGUUGAAAUUAUCGUUUCAAGAAAUGAGAGUUCAAGUUGAAUGCAGCAAAAGGAAAUGGGAAGAAGACUUAGAAAAGUUUGAAAAACGAAUGGAAGGUCUAAAUAUCAAUGCCUCUCUGUAUUAUAAAUUGCUAGAGGAAAACCGUAUGCUUUACAAUCAAGUGCAAGAUCUUAAAGGUAACAUUAGAGUGUACUGUAGAGUGAGGCCAUUUUUAUCAAAUCAGUCCGAUACCAAAUCCACUGUUGAUCAUAUUGGUGAAAAUGGAAAUAUUAUGAUUAUAAAUCCUCACAAGCAAGGGAAAGAUGCAAGAAAGAUAUUCUCAUUUAACAAAGUAUUUGGAGCUAACACCACUCAAGGUGAAGUGUUUGCGGAUACUCAACCGCUGAUUAGGUCUGUAAUGGAUGGCUAUAAUGUUUGUAUUUUCGCAUAUGGACAAACUGGCUCUGGGAAGACACAUACAAUGAGUGGACCUGACAUAAAAACAGAGGAAACAUGGGGUGUUAACUAUCGAGCUCUGAACGAUCUAUUCAACAUAUCGAAGUCAAGGACAAGUGUGUUGACGUAUGAUAUCAGCGUUCAGAUGAUUGAAAUUUACAAUGAACAAGUGAGAGAUCUUUUGGUGGCUGAUGGCUCUAACAGAAGGCUACAAAUAAUGAAUAUUUCUCAACCGAAUGGCCUCAAUAUUCCAGAUGCAAGCUUGGUUUCAGUAAAUUGUACUGAAGAUGUACUUGAAUUAAUGAAAGUUGGCCAAGGAAAUCGUGCUGUUGGUGCUACUGCCUUAAAUGAACGUAGCAGCCGAUCUCAUAGUGUUUUGACAAUUCAUGUCCAAGGUAAAGAACUGGUCUCUGGAUCUAUUGUAAGAGGUUGUCUUCAUCUAGUCGAUCUUGCUGGAAGCGAGAGAGUAGAUAAGUCCGAAGCUACGGGAGAAAGACUGAAGGAAGCCCAACAUAUAAAUCGGUCACUCUCUGCUCUUGGAGACGUCAUUUUUGCACUUGCACAAAAGAGUUCCCACAUUCCAUACAGAAACAGUAAACUUACUCAAGUCCUACAAGAUGCUUUAGGUGGGCAAGCUAAGACUUUGAUGUUUGUACAUAUAAACCCUGAAAUCAAUUCUUUCGGAGAAACAAUAAGCACACUCAAGUUCGCAGAACGCGUAUCCUCGAUUGAGCUUGGAGCAGCUCGUGCUAAUAAGGAAACUGGUGAAGUUAGAGACUUGAAAGAUGAGAUAUCUAAAUUAAAAUCAGCAUUGGAGUCUAAAGAAUCUGAAGUAGCACAAUUGAAAGACUAUAGUUCUCGAAUGGCCAUGGAGGUGAAAAACUUGAGAAAUGUUUCACCUUUACUAUUGCAAAAACAUGGUUGCAACUUAAACUUUAAACCUGAUAGUACUCAGCGGCCAGCAAGUGAUGCUAGAUAUACUGAGAAACAUGGUGGCAACUUAAACUUUAUACCUGAUGGUACUCAGCGGCCAGCAACUGAUGCUAGACAUAUUGAGUCGAGAAGCUGUUCAUCUGGGAAGCAGAGAAAACCUAGGUUUCCCUCCAUAUCAUCAGACAAGGAACAUGAUUCCAGAUCCCCUUUCUCUGCUGAGGAGAAUCUUGUGAGGUCAAGAAGGAAAAGGUCUCCAUCUCCAAUCAGAAUGUCUUUAUCCUCAGACAGAGCCACUGUCAUCAAAACCAAGCCCAAGAGCCAAAAUCUUGAUGAGAAGCUAGCACAAAAAUUGCAUUUUCCUGAGAAGACAUCAAUUAGUAGUCCCAUCAAGAAUAUACCCGCAUUGCUUUCAAGUACAAGGAGGGUAUUUUCUGAGCACGAUGAAGAGCAGUUCAGGACAACAAUUUUCAAAAGGAAGUUAAAGGCGGUGAGUAAAAAUGUUGGCAUGGAUACUGGAGGGAUAUUAGAGGCUAGAAAGAAGAGUGAUUUCUCAGAAACAGAAAAUGACAGCAAUGUGAUCGGUUCACCUGUAAUCUAUAGUUUUAAGGAAAAGAAGCUUCAGUACCAUGAAACAAGUGUCUCUCAAAAUAUUGAGCCCAGAACAUUUCUUGAGAUUUCGGAGCCAUUGGCUACUAUGAAGCAUGAGAACAAACCUCCAAUCCGUUUUGUUCGCAAUGGGAAGGAACGAAACAAGACAGCUGAGCCUGAAAUCAGACGCAGCAGAUCUCUUCCUCGUGGAAAAUUUACAAUAUCAUGAGCUGUAUAUGCUUUCAAAUAUUAAAUGGCUGAAAGAGCGUAUUCUUGUCAAAAGCAAUGUAAGUAAUAUAGGUGUAAUGUCUAUGUAAGCUAAACGAUACACAAUGAUUCCAGAGUUACAAAUCAGCAAUGUUCCUCAUUGUUUAUCUGCA